UUUAAUAAUAGAGAUUAUCACCAAGUUUUCCUACUAACACAAACUCAGAGAUUACUCUUAGUAUUCAGUCUUUGUAACGUUUUUAUACCUCUUUAUUCCAAUGGCGCAGAGGUUGCAAUUGAUCUUCCUCCUUGCUUCAUAUUUGUUCUUCUCGGGAGUCUUGUCAAUAAGUAUCCUUACCAUAGAGAACAAAUGCAACCAAACAGUUUGGCCAGUUAUCUUCUCAUGGAAAUCACAGCUCACCACCACUGGCUUCACUCUCCGAAGUGGCGAGGCGCGUGCUCUACAAGCGCCAUCGUCAUGGUACGGUCUCAUAUCCGGUAGGACGCUUUGCUCAAACGACUCAACAGGAAACUUCACAUGCGCCACUGGAGACUGCGAGUCAAAAACCAUCGAGUGUCAUGGCUCAUACGGUUGGUCUAAGGUGACUUAUGUCUACUUUAGAAUCGACUACGGGGGAACCAACAGCCACAUCAUCAGUUUGGAACACGGCUACAACCUUCCUGUAAUGGUGGCCCCGUCACAGAGUAGCCCGACUUGUUUUAGCUCGGGUUGUAUGGUUGACUUGAACAAGACGUGCCCAGAUAAUCUUAAGAUAUUUGACGGUGCUAGACCAACCAGUUGUAGUAGCGCGUGCAAACAAUCCGGAACACCGGAAGAUUGUUGCACAAACUACUUCAAGUCAAAGCAAAACUGCAAGCCGACAGUGUAUACGCAGAACUUUGAGCUAGCUUGCCCAUACGCAUAUAGCUACCCUUACAACGAUAAUAACAGCACAUUUACAUGCCCAAACUCGACUAACUACGUUAUCACCUUUUGCCCAUCCUUUAUUCCCGACAUCCCCAGCUCAAUAGCAGGAGGGAAAGAAAGUUCUGUACGGAAGUUAGGACCCAUACUCGGAGGAACAGCAGCUGUAGCUUUGAUAAUCAUCAUUGUUGCGAUUGUGGUAGUGAUGAGAGCAAAGAAUGCGAGAAGGAAGCGAUAUUCGACCGAUGAGAACAUUGAAGCUGCUAUAAUGUUGAAACGAUAUAGUUAUGAAAACGUCAAGAACAUGACAAACUCGUUUGCUCAUGUUCUAGGGAAAGGAGGAUUUGGAACAGUUUAUAAAGGAAAAUUACCCGAUGCUGGCGGUCGAGAUAUUGCACUAAAGAUCUUGGAUGAUUCAAAGGGGAAUGGAGAUGAUUUCAUCAAUGAAUUAGCUAGCAUGAGUAGAGCAUCUCAUGUUAAUAUCGUCUCUCUAUUUGGAUUCUGCUACGAAGGGAGCAAGAGAGCUAUCAUUUAUGAGUUCAUGCCCAAUGGAUCACUUGACAAGUUUAUCUCGGAGAAUAUGUCAACUAAGAUGGACUGGAAAGCUCUAUACAACAUUGCGGUAGGCGUUGCUCGUGGGUUAGAGUACUUGCACAAUAGUUGUGUAUCGAAGAUUGUGCAUUUCGAUAUAAAGCCACAAAAUAUACUCAUGGAUGGAGAUUUGUGUCCGAAGAUUUCGGACUUUGGCCUUGCUAAGCUAUGCAAAAACAAAGAGAGUAUCGUGUCCUUGUUGGACGCAAGAGGGACCAUAGGUUACAUUGCUCCUGAAGUGUUUUCCAAGAACUUUGGUGAAGCUUCUCAUAAGUCAGAUGUGUAUAGUUAUGGAAUGGUGGUUCUCGAGAUGAUUGGGGCAAAGAACAAAAGAAGAGCUGAAACUUCUAGGUCCAAUCCAAGUUCAAUGAACUUUCCAGAGUGGAUCUAUGAUGAUCUCGAGAGGAAGGAAACCAUUAGACUUGUAGGAGAUCAUAUAAUGGAAGACGAAGAAGAGAAGAUAGUGAAGAAAAUGGCACUGGUGGGUUUGUGGUGUAUUCAGACCAAUCCAACUGAUCGUCCACCAAUAAGAAAAGUCAUAGGAAUGUUAGAGGGAAGUCUAGAAGCUCUCCAAGUACCACCUAAGCCUCUCUUUGAUUCACAUCUGGUAGCCGCUUGGGAAACUAUUAAAGACAGCAAAGAUACUUCUAGUAUCUCUACACAAAGCUUGUUAGAGAGAAAAACUCUUAGGGCCGGGCAAGAUACUUUGAUCGUUUCCAGAGAAGAGGUUUAAGAAAUCGUGGAAGAGAGACAAGAUAUUUCUCUUUUUGAGCAAAAAAAAAAAGACAAGAUAUUUCAUAUUCCUCGUAAAACCAAAGCCAACAAGAAAGUUGUCAAAGUCUUGAGAUCUGCUUGUUGGUUUCUUGAUGAAACUCAUUUAGUUUUGCUGAUCUUUACUAUUGUAUAAUUGAAGCGGAAGUGAAAGCCCAAAACUAACGGAUCAUUUGCUUA